AUGGCUUCCGUCAUGGAGAUCUUCCUGCCGAAUCUCGGCUUUGGCUGGUCCCCCAGCGCCUGGAUGUACCUCUUCAUCGCCCUUUGGCUUCACCGAUACACCCGUCUGCUCGUCCACUGCGUCAGCCACUGGGUCUACAAGUCCAAGCCCAUUCCCAGCAAGCCGACUUUCACUGCCGACGACGUGACUGUCAUCAUCCCUACCAUUCACAAUGUCUUCGAGGAGCUCCGUCCUUCUCUUCUCAGCAUCCUCGCCUGCAACCCUCACGUUCUGAUGCUUGUCACCACCACUGAGAAGCACGCUGCUCUUGAGAAGCUUGCUCGCAGCCUUCCUCACCCCAAUGUCCAGGUCUACUCCACUCCCAUCGCCAACAAGCGCCUCCAGGUCUGCGAGGCUCUUCCCAAGGUCACCACCAAGAUCACCAUCAUGGCUGACGACGAUGUCACCUGGCCUUCGACUCUGAUGCCCUGGAUUCUCGCUCCCUUCGAGGACCCCAAGAUCGGUGGUGUCGGCACCUGCCAGAGAGUUAAGCGCGUCUGGGAGGGUGACUGGUCCACUCGCAUCUACAACUGGCUCGGCGCUGCUUACAUUGAGCGUCGCAACUUCGAGAUCUCCGCCACCCACAACAUCGAUGGCGGCACUUCCUGCAUGUCUGGCAGAACCGGCGCCUACCGUUCCGAGAUCCUCUCCAGCCACGACUUCCUCGAGGGCUUCAAGACUGAGAAGUGGGGCAAGUACAUCUUGAACGCUGACGACGACAACUUCGUCACCCGCUGGCUCGUCAGCCACCAGUGGAAGACCUGGAUCCAGUACGAGCGCGAGUGUGAGCUUGAGACCACUCUCGAGAACAGCACCAAGUUCCUGUACCAGUGCUCCCGCUGGGCUCGCAGCAACUGGCGCAGCAACUGGACCAGCCUUGUCAAGGAGAGAUACGUCCUUACUCAGCAGCCCUGGUGCACCUACGCUCUCCACAUUGCGACCUUCACGUCCUUGGCCUUCCUUUUCGACCCCCUCAUCAUCUUCGCCUUGUGGAAGGGUACCGCCGACUGGGACAUGGAGAGCCGCAAGCAGGCUCUGUGGGCCCAGAUCAUCUUUGUCUUCGGCUUCACCAAGGUCGUCAAGCUCAUGGGACUCUUCCGCCGCAACCCCAGCGACCUCAUGUUCCUGCCCGUCUCCAUCGUCUUUGGCUGGGGCCACGGUCUUAUCAAGCUCUACGCUCUGUCUACCCUCAAGAUGACCUCCUGGGGCAGCAGAGCCGACGGUGACACCAACGAUGACAUCCGUCUGACUCCUCGUCCCAAGCGCGCCAUGAGCUUGACCACUCCUCCUGGUGGCGACCUCGUCCGCUACCGCAUGACCGAGAAGGUGGUCUCCGAGUGGCAGGAGCCCCGCAGACCCCAGGCUGUCCGGAUGAACACCCAUCCCGCCAAGGGCAUCAAGCCUCACGUCACCUUCUCGCUCCUGGAGCACCCUUCGGGUUAA